AUAAAAUCCAUGGUUAUACGAGACUCGUGUCCUAAAGUGCUGAAAUUGUUAACCUUUCCAAGAGAUAAAUGGAAGUAUAUAAAAUUCUUUACAACGCUUAUUCGGGUGAUUUUAUCGCUCUAGAUAAGGUUGUAAACUUUGUCUCUCCGUCGUACAUACAGUAGGCUAGGGGCUAUUUCUUGUUAGUGCAAAAUUUUCUUCGUGUUCUGCAAUGGCACAAUCAGGCUUGUCUCGGAAGGAAAAGAUCCAAUUGUGGUGGGGACUUACGAGGAAAUAUGUCUUCAUUGCUUUAGUUCUCAUAACAUUAUGCCCGAUACCAAUAGUUAUAAACACCCAGAUGGGAUAUGUGGCCUUCACCAUCUUCUUGAUGGGGACCUUCUGGGUGACGGAGGUGAUACCCUUACCAGUCACAGCACUCAUCCCGAUAGUUCUCUUCCCUCUCUUUGGUAUACGUGACUCGCCUACCGUCGUAGAGCAGUAUUUUAAGGAUGUCACCUACAUGGUCUUUGGGGGUCUGAUCCUCGCCGCCGCCAUCGAGCACCAGAACCUUCAUCGUCGCUUCGCUCUUCGGGUAUUGCUCCUGUUUGGAACGGAUUCUAAGAGGUUGUUGCUGGGUUUCAUGAGCGGUACAGCCUUUCUGUCUUCGUGGAUGAGUAAUACAGCCGUGACAGCCAUGAUGCUUCCCAUUGCUCGAGCCGUCCUCGAUGAGAUCAGAAAACAGGACAACGACGGCGAGCAUGAGAUGGACUGCGACCUCGGAGAAAACAGAGAAUACAAGCCCAACAACCAAACUGUUUUGCCUCCUGAAAAGCAAAUAAAAGGAAACAGAAACGGCCAUGAAUUAGAAAGGGAAGAGAUGGAUUCGGUGCUCGAUCUUCCACCAAGCCCGUCCUCGGUUGAUCAAGACAGGCGCCAUCUAAGUCUAUGCAAAGCUAUUUUCCUUUGCAUUCCCUAUGCUGCCAAUGUAGGUGGGACGGGAUCUUUAGUUGGUACCCCAGCGAAUGUGGUCUGCGUUGCUGUUGUUGAAAGUCUAUUCGGUAAGGAGACGGGUCUCAACUUUGGCACUUGGACUCUCUACUGUUAUCCACAGAUGAUUGUAUGUGUUUUACUCAUAUGGGUUUGGCUCCAGUUCGUGUAUCUACCAAGGAACAGUUUCAGAUGUAAGAGUAACAGAGAGAGCACCUCCAAAGCCAAAAAGAUUAGAAAAGUAAUACAGCGAGCAUAUGACGACCUUGGUCCUGUAAGAUUUGCAGAAUGGGCUAUCUUAGCACACUUCGUGAUCAUUGUAGCACUCUGGAUUACCCAAGAUCCCAAGGUAUUUCCUGGCUGGGCGUCUCUCUUUCCUCCUGGCGUCAAAAGUUCAGCGCCGACCAUAUUGAUCGCCAUUUCUCUUUUUUGUUUCCCAUCCGAGCGACCUCUACGUCUGAUAAGAAUCAGAGAUCAGCAAAUGCGUGAUUCAGCCCAUAGUCAUCUAGAAAGUAUCGUUUCAAACGGUGCAAGUGUGGCUGGAGUUGAUAGUGACAAUGACGAUGGUGACGAUGGGCUUGAAAGUCGCCCCAAAAUAGCCAAAGUGAAGUGCAUCCCCGCCCUCAUCAACUGGGAAAUCGUACACGAGAAGAUACCAUGGGGUGUGCUCAUUGUUGUAGGCGGAGGAUUCGCCCUAGCAGAUGGAUGUGUAGAAUCUGGUCUAUCAUUAUGGUUAGCCGAACAGUUUGAGAUCUUUUACGGGAUACCUCCACUUGCAGUGGCUUUCAUCACAGCCAUUAUAAUCUCAGUCCUAACAGAGCUUACUGCUAAUGUUGUCACCACGACCAUAUUUCUACCUAUUGUUGCAGAGAUGGCCGUCGCAAUGAGGAUAAAUCCGUUAUAUCUGAUGCUCACUACGACUAUAUGUGCCUCCUUCGCCUUCAUGCUUCCUGUAGCUACCCCGCCCAAUGCCAUAGCAUUCGCCAACAAGGAAAUCAAAGUCAUUGAUAUGGUAAAAACAGGCUGUCUUCUAAACUUCACGUGCAUCUGUAUACUGCUUCUCUUCAUGAACACGCUCGGUCUGUUGAUUUUCGACAUCGCACACUUUCCCGAUUGGGCCAAUAACACCAUGAAUACCAUGGCAACAGAUAAUAUCUUCCAUAACUCUACAUCGGUACCGUUUUGAGAUGAGACCUUUUGAAGAAAUUCUCGAGCUGAAAAAAGAAGAAAAAAUUGUAUCAGUAUACUUAUCUGUCAAAAUAAAUUCUUUCAAAAAUCUUUAUAAUAGGAUAAUUUUCUUCGUUUUCAGUAUAUCCUCUUGCUUGUAUUACAAAUAUUUUCUAUAAUUUGAGUGAUAUUACUUUUGGAUGGCGUCUGUUUGUUUCGAGAGACACUAGCUGCCCUUUCACACGGUAAAAACAAAUCGUAAUUUGAAUGAUGAUCCCAGUAAAAAAUAAGGCUAAUUACGAUUUUUUUAGCACGUGUGAAACCAAACUAAAACAUGAUUAGAAUCACGAACGCUAAUCACUAUCACGAAUUCAAAUUCUACUCCGGAUGUGAAUUCCAGUUAAGUUUCACUCAAAUUACCUUACGAAUUUUGCGUGUGAAAGGCUUGAACCUCCAAAACAUCUUUUUUUUUUUUUUUUUUUUUUGGGGGGGGGGGGGGAGCUUACGUGACCUUUCAAGCACUUCGAUAGAUAAUACAAUUGUCAUGCACUCAUUGUAGUUUGUAUUUACGAUGCAGUGCUUUGAUUGACAAGUCACCAAGGACACACACCGCCUUCGCCCGGGAAUUCGAAUUUAAAAUCACAUUUUUCGAGCGAGCGUGUGAAAGGUCCGUUGAUUCUAAAGACGAUUUGCAAUCAUCAUUACAAUGGUGAUUCAAGAUUUACGUGUGAAAAGGCCCUAGGUUAUUUGCGCCUGUUUAUGUGAUCGAUCACGCCUCUCCAACCAUUGUCUUACUAGUAUGUUACUCGUUCUAGUCGCUCGGAUCCUUUCUUACUAGCUUUCUCCAUUGGGUCAGCAGAAAUAAAAAUCUGAUGCAAAUCCAUGUUCUUUCAUUAUAAAUAAUGUUUAUUAAUGCAUUCUACAUUUCAUUUUCUGCGGGAAUUUGUUUAGCUGCUCCGAUUUUCCAUAUGACUCAUUUUACAUCUUCUUUUGUUCUCUUCUAAUUGAACAUGAUUUUUAAGUAGCACAUGGUAAAUAUUUGUUCUCUUUUGAUUCUCAUUUGAUUUUGCUCGAAUCUGAUUCAUCUGUAGCACUGUGAUUCUUUUUUUAAGCAGUUUGAUAGUGAUGGGCUAGUGUAGUAUGUUAGCAUUUGUUAAACAUUCUGGAAAGAACAUGUAUACGAUAUUCCCACUUCUUUAUUGAAUUACAACAUGUUUCUUUUCAUGUAAAUUUUUUUUUUCUAAAUCAGAAAAUACAAUCACUUCAUACGGUGUAGUACUCAAAUACAUAUCAUACAGUUCCGUUGGUAGAAUGGUAGUCUCGUCAUUCAGCCACCUAUGUUUGAAGCAAUCCGUGGCCCUUUGACCAGACAUCGAUCCUCAUUAGCAGGGGAGGGGCAUAGUGGUCUGGUUGUUUACCUAUUCAUUUUCAAAUAAAAACCUUAUGAAUCACUAAUAGAUACCCCAAAAGUAUUGAAGUUUGUGAUCUUUUCUAGUGUAUAAGAGGACACUGAAAAUGUGGUUUCUGAUAAGACUUAAUAAAUUUACUCAUCGCUAUGAAGUUGAGAAAGUAGAAAGAAUCGAAUUUUGAAUAUUAUAAUAUCUUUGGGAUAUUUCCCUUUCAGAAACGGGAUAAUGAAUGUAGGAGACCCGGAAUAUGAUUGUACAUAUUUACAACUUCUUAUGCUGCAUCAUUAAUUCUACUUACCAAUUAUUUCUUUCAAGGAUUAUAAGAAUUAAAUUUCAGGCAUUGAGUGUAUUUUUGUGUGAUAAAUGAUGACAGACCUGUGAAAGCUUUCCAGAUAGGAAAGGGCGAUAAGAUUUAAAAAAAAAAUUAAUAAUGAUGAUUUUUCUGUAUCAGGUCUCUUCUGUGUUUGUAUAUAUAGAUGAAGGUUAUAAUGAUAUUUGUAUGAAAUCAGCACGUUCGCAUGAUCCAAAAUUUAUAUCGAUUCGCUCACAUUUAUAUUUAUAUCCUAAAGGUAUUUGAAACGCUUCUGUAUAGGCAUAUAACAUGUUAAAGGUCUAUAUAACAUUUACAUUUACAUAUGGAAUCAAAGCAGUAUAGAAGUGCAUAUUUCGAUACUUUGUGAUUGAUAGAAUACUUUCAAAGAAGAAUGCAACAGUAUUGUUUACGUUGGUCGUUCAAUUGAUUUUAAGGAUGAUUCAGUUUUGAUACCGUUUAUUGAAAGAUUUGCCUUAAUAGGGUUAUCUUUUUUCCCAGAAUUUUUUUUAUCGGUAUAAAACAUAUUACAUAUCUCACU